AUGGCACCUGUUACAAAUACAAUCGUUUUCACUUCACAGAGCGAUCCAGUUCUGGAGUGUCUGGAGAGUUUGCAACAGUGGCUUACCGAUAAUGUGCUUUGUAAGACUACAGUGACUGCCGAAAACCCUAUCCAGUUGAUCGUUCAGCGCAUUUACCCAAGAGCACUAGUUGUUUGUCCAACGCAUCAAAUAGCCGAGCAAGUUUAUGAAACACUCAACAAGGUCCCACUAGCCAAAUCCCUAGCCUUUGACUAUGCAGAUGCCGACUACAGCGAUUCGAUGGACCGGCUACAAGUACCGAAGAGGGAUCGAGUAUUUCUCACCUCACCCCCCACCUCACCACCACCAGGUUUCGACUACGCUCGUUGCGAACAACCUCCACCGUCUCAUUCCCACCCUCAAGAUCUUGCAGACGAUCAACGUGAAUUUUUAACUUUACUCGAUUCUAAAAUCGCUAGUAUCGCGCUUCAACGGUGUCCAAAUACAGCCAUAACCGCAACAAACGGUACCCCAGCUCGCACAGCAUGUCCACCACGUCCUGGCGAUAUAGCCGAGGACUUCUAG